GUAGACCAUCUCUGGCAAAAGCAAGAGGAAAGGAAAUUAAACAGCAGUGCUUAGUAUGGGCGGAGGAGAUGCAUCAUUUAUUUCCUGCAGGAAUUAAAUGGGUUGUGGAUAGUUUUGCUUGAUAGAGGAGACUUUCUUUCACUCCUCCCCAUCUGCUUUUUUGAAGCCCUAAUUUUUCAUGGCAGCCAUCUGUGGGGUGUCAGGCAGUGUGAGGGUGGCAGAAAAAGAGGUUGCUGUGAAUCUCUGAGUGAAGAUGGCCUUCUUUCAGAACAACUUCUGGGGGGAGAAAAAUGCUGGCUUUGACGUGCUCUAUCACAACAUGAAACAUGGCCAGCUGGCAACCAAGGAGCUCGCCGAGUUUGUCCGCGAGAGGGCUGCCAUUGAGGAGACUUACUCCAAAUCAAUGAACAAACUGGCUAAAAUGGCCAGCAAUGGAAGUCCACAGGGGACUUUUGCUCCCAUGUGGGAUGUGUUCAGGGUAUCCUCAGACAAACUGGCCCUCUGCCACCUGGAGUUGAUGAAAAAGAUGAACGAUCUCAUCCGUGACAUCAACAAGUACGGAGAUGAGCAGGUCAAAAUUCACCGUAAGACGAAGGAGGAGAUGGUGGGGACAGUGGAGGCGGUGCAGGCGCUGCAGGUUCAGAGCGGUCACCUUCAGAAGUCCAAAGAAGGUUAUCAUGCCAAGUGUUUGGAGCUGGACCGGCUCAGGAAGGAGGGAGCACCACAGAAAGAAUUGGAGAAGGCGGAGCUGAAGUCUAAGAAAGCGGCGGAGUCGUUUGCGUUGUGUAUCGAGAAGUACAACCGAGUGGGAGGAGAGUUUGAGCAGAAGAUGAGCGAGUCGGCCCAGAAGUUUCAGGAAAUUGAGGAGGCUCAUCUGCGGCAGAUGAAACAGCUGAUCAAAGGUUACUCCCACUCCAUAGAAGACACCCACGUCCAGGUGGGACAGGUCCAUGAGGAAUUCAAGCAGAAUGUAGAAAACAUCGGCAUCGAUAACCUCAUUCAGAAAUUUGCUGAACAGAAGGGAACGGGCAAAGACCGGCCAGCCCUGGUUGGUUUUGAGGAAUACAUGACAGCUUUGGCACCUGAAGGAGGGAAAAAGAGUCGGGCCAAAGCCUUCAGGAUCCCUGGCCUCGGCAAGAGGGACAAGGAGCCAGACUCUACGGAUUCAGCUGUGACAGAGGCACUGAAUUCACCCCUGGAAGUAGAUGAUGAGGGAUUUGUCAUCCGAGCUGACAGCACCCAGAAUGGCUGCUCUGAGGAAAAGGAGAACAACUUCUACUCUAGUGAUUCAGAUUUUGAUGACGAGGAGCCAAAGAAGUUCCACAUCCAGAUCAGACCAGUGGCCAGCAGCAAUCGCAGCAACUCUGUAGCCACAGAGAAGGAGCUGAAGGCUACCGUGGGGACGCUCACCCUGCCGCCCAACAGAGCAGCACGACAGCAGGUGUCAGUGAAGCGACAUCUCUCCAGAAACGUGAGUACUGCAGGAGGCCGAUCAGAGGAAGGUGAAGCUGCCUCCAACAGAGCAGAUGCAGAGCAGGAGGGCCUCCGCAGGUCCACCUCCAGCCCUGAUCACAGCAGGUUGAGUUCGACAGCGUCAGGCUCUGACAGUCUGUUCGGACCUCCGCUGGAAUCGGCCUUCAAGUCCAAAAGCUUCGACAGCCGAGAGCAGCUGAGAGAUCAGAGCGCUUUUGGUGCUUCUGAAUAUGCUGCCUUCUCGUCCGACUCCUCCUCUCCAGAGAAUGUUGAAGACUCUGGCCUGGACUCUCCUUCCCAUCAGCCCCUUGGGCCCUCCCCUGAGCCCGUGGGUUGGGCUGCAUGGCCUCCAAUGCCACAGAAUAAGGAGCAGACACAAACACUGGGGCGACCAGUGGACCCUUUCCUCUCUGCUUUCCGGGACCCCUCCCCUGGACGCCCUCACCAGCAGGACGACCCCGCCAGCGUCUGGUCCGUCGCCUCUUCACGUCCCUCACGUGUCCCCCCAGAGAUGGACACAUCGAUGCGGUUCCCUGCUUUCUCUCAGUCCCUCCCUCAACCUGAGAUGGAGUCGUCGGUGUGGAACUGCAAACACAUCCCACCUGAGGACCCCUUCCUCGCCGCCUUUGAGAGGACUGUCACCCAGGAGACUCUAAGCCUCUCUGACGCCUGGGCACGCCCACCGCCUCGCCCCACCCAGGAGGGCAGGGGCAUGGAGGUGAGAGGGGACCCGUUCUCUGUCGCCAUCUCCGACACCAAGACACUCCCAACCCCUUCCUCUUCCUCUUCAUCCUCCUCCUCCAAUCGUAAGGAGAGAGACAGGAAACGAGACCGAAGCCUCCCACCUCCAGUUUCUUCCGAUGACCCCUUUGCGAUCACGAUGAUUGGCAGCCCAACUCACCAGUCGUCGCUGGCUGCAGCGGCUGGGAUAAUCCCUCCACACAGCAGCAGCAGCAGCAGCAGCAGCAGCGGUGGUUCUGCCAGCAGCAAUAGGCUGGGACUCGAUGUUAACACAGGCUCUUUGCCGUCAGCUCAGCCAAAGAAAGAGCUGAUGCACUGGAACUCUGUCCACAACCCGUUCAGUGAAGGUGUCGGCUCCAAAUCACAGGAGAGAGGCGGAAAAGGAGAGGGAGGAGCCGGAGGAGAGAGGAGGAAGCACAGAUCAUCAGAAAGCGAGCCGCGCAGGAACGCCCCUCCCCUCACGAGGCAUUCAGGACCCCAGGAGGAUCUGUGCUUCUCAACGGACAAAGAUCAGGACUGUCUGGAUCUGAACACUCAGAUAUCCUGCAAUAUCGGCUCUCACAAGGGUUCCAAACACAAUUUCAGGCAAGACGCGGCUGAAGUGGUUGCAGCUGCUCCUCAGAGAGCCGCCCGGGCCAAGAGGUCUUCAGGCCGACUCAGCGGCUGUGAGCGAUCUCGGUCACUGUGCUCCUCCCCGCUGCCGGAGCCCAGCCCGUCCCUCACCUCCUCUUCCUCCUCCAGUCCCAGUGAGUGGGGGCCACAGGCCAGCGAGUGGGGGGCCCAGAACCGAGCAGCCAGCCCCGCCAGGCCGGGACAAGUCUCACCGCUGCCCUACCAGCACCAGGACCACCAGCCGAGACAGUUACACCUGUCCAGAGGUCCCAGUCCCAUUUCCCUCAGCACACAGGAGGCCUGGCCAGUCGCAGCGGCCAUCACAGAAUACAUCAACGCCUACUUCAAAGGUGGACAGCACAACCGAUGUUUAGUGAAGAUCACAGGUGACCUGACGAUGUCCUUCCCCGCAGGCAUCACGAGGAUUUUCACAGCCAACCCCAACGUUCCUGUUCUCAGCUUCAGGCUGCUCAACAUCUCACGGAUCGAUCACUUCCUGCCCAAUCAAAAGCUGCUCUACAGUGAUCCGUCUCAGAGUGACCCAGACACCAGAGACUUCUGGUUCAACAUGCAGGCGCUGCAGCUCUACCUGCAGAGAGAAGCUGAACUCAACCCCCAGGCUUCAUACUACAACGUCGGCCUGCUCAAGUAUCAGGUUUCGUCUCAGGACCCGGGCCGGGCUCCUCUGCUGCUGUCGGCUGAGUGUCAGCGGAGCGGCACGGUGACUCGGGUGUCUCUGGAUUAUCACUGCUGUCCUGCCACCGCUCCCUCCACGCAGCUCACCGCCGUUCAGGUGCUGCUGCCGCUGGACCACACUGCCACAGACCUGCAGUGUCAGCCGCCCGCCUCCUGGAACGCUGAGGAGCGACGGCUGCUGUGGAAGCUUCCCAACCUUUCCCCGACCAAUCACAGCAAAGGCUCAGGGACUCUGUGUGCCAGCUGGCAGUGCCUGGAGGUCCCCCGCGGCCCCCCACCCAGCCUGGCUGUUCAGUUUGUGGGCUCCGGGGCCUCGCUGUCGGGUAUGGACGUGGAGCUGGUGGGCAGCCGCUACCGCAUGUCACUGGUCAAGAAGAGAUUCGCCACAGGAAAGUACAUGGCGGGCUGCUCCCUGUGAAUCAUGUGAAGGACUGUCAGAUUCCCAAAUGGACCACGGCUGAAGGUUCAGAGAACUUAGCACUUUUACAGCGUCUGAGGUGAGAGAGGUCGUUCUUGGUAAGACUUACAGCUCAGCCUCGAAGGACAAUGUGCACUUACUUCUGACGGUGUCCUGCUGCUUUAGGACCAAGCCUUUUCUUCUUCCUUUCCUGUAACUUAAGUUGUGUGUUGUACAUUCAGUCCUGCCUUUUCCAGAAGGAAGUUGUCUUUUUUCUAUUGAAUCUUCUCUGUUCACAUCAUGUUCUGUGUGCCUUUGUAUCAAGACACUGCAAGCUAAGCUAGAUGGAAGAACCUUUCUUGAUUUACAGAAGAAGGAAAAAAAGUGUGUGAAUAAAAUUAAGCAUAUUACUGUCUGGUGCCGAGUUGCCAUGAAAACUAGGAUUUUUAAAUUAUGUAAAUACUGUAUCUCUAGAACAUUCUGAAGGAUUGAGUAAAUUUGUGAGCUAAGAUCUUCUACGAACCUUAAAAAAGGUUCUUUGUAAAUCUGACGUUUGUUCCAAAUACAGGUUUUGUGAUGUUGAUAUUUGAUAAAAAUAAAUGUGCUCAAACUUU